CGAUAAAAACCUACGGAACGACUUGUUCUAUUUUGUUGGUACGUCUUCUUCUGUGACGCACCCUGGAACUUGGUGACGUCGUAGGACAACAAAGAUGGCAGGAAUAGGAGGCAGCAACUACUGGGAAGAUCUGCGAAAGCAGGCCAGACAGUUGGAGAAUGAACUCGACCUGAAGUUGGUCUCCUUCAGUAAAUUGUGCACCAGCUACAGCAGCUCCAGGGAUGGACGUCGAGGAGACACGUCAGACACCACCCCGUUGCUAAACAACUCUACCCAAGACAGGAUGUUUGACACCAUGUCAGUGGAGAUUGAACAACUGCUGGCCAAACUGACUGCAGUGAAUGACAAAAUGGCGGAGUACACCAACACCCCGGGUACAGCUUCUCUUAAUGCUGCGCUAAUGCACACGCUGCAGAGACACAGAGACAUCCUACAGGAUUACACUCAUGAAUUCCACAAAACCAAAGGCAACUUCUUGGCCAUCCGUGAAAGGGAAGACUUGCUCGGGUCAGUCAGGAAAGACAUUGAGACAUACAAGAGUGGCUCCGGGGUCAACAACAGAAGAACAGAGCUGUUUCUAAAGGAGCAUGAGCAUCUGAGAAAUUCGGACCGACUGAUGGAUGACACAAUAAGUAUUGCAAUGGCAACCAAGGAGAACAUGACCUCCCAACGGGGCUUCCUGAAAUCCAUACAGAGCAGGGUCAACACGCUGGCCAACCGUUUCCCAACCAUCAACAAUCUCAUCCAGCGAAUCAACCUGCGGAAGAGAAGGGACUCUCUCAUCCUUGGCACGGUGAUCGGAGUCUGUACCAUUCUCCUUCUGCUCUAUGCUUUUCACUGAAAUCUUCAAAGGAGCAGGAUGUAUCUGCUCUUUGUAACACACGGGAACCCCAGGAGACUGAGCUCAGUGAUCGGAGGACCCUGGAGGCUCCUGAGCAGAAAGACAUUCAGUUGGUCCAGUUCUCGGAAGGGAACAGAUUUGGCCAACAUGAACUACUGAACUUGUAUUUAGCAGUGGGACAGAUGGAAGGCUGCCAACAAGUAAAUGGAGACCAAAAGGAAAAAUAAGACUAGAUUUUAAUCAAUUAAAUUGAUAAGUCACUUGGUGAAAAGUGUGAAGAGACCUAUGAGAAUGUGUGAUGCAUAGUUCUUUUUCACAGGUGGAAGGAUUUUUAGUUGGAUGGUCCUUUUUAAAUGAUAAGAGAUACUUUAUUGAUCCCCAGGGGGGAAAUUACAUUUUUGAGAAGAUGAAGUGGGAUGGAUAGUUAAUUGUGGGCUGUAAAAUGUGAAUUAAUAAAUUAUUAAUAUCAGUAUGUACAAAAAUGUGUGUGCCACUACUAGAUACUGAACAUUUAAAACAUUUUAUUUUUCAAAUAUAUGAUGUAAACUCUACCGGAAAUAGGAUUUGACCUUCUCAUUUCUGAGUAAGUUUAGCUACCAGGAUGCCUCAGCAGGGCUCGUGCGUCUCUAUUUUCUACUUCUGCAAGAGAGAGAGAGAGAGGGACGAGGUCCCUGGCUGGACUUGAUCAGUGCUUCAACUAAUCUACUAGGCCGCCAAGGUACUUUGCGCUGACUGAUUAAACAUCUAGAGCUGAAUUAAUCAAUACGACCAAUCAACGGAGCAUUAUUCGGCAACCAUUUCGACAAUUUAUUAAUUGUUAAAGUAAUUUCUCAAACAAACGGCCACUAAAAUAACAUAGUUAAGCUUUGGGACUGCUGGUUAGACAAAACAAACGCAAUUGUGACAUUUUUCACACAUUGUUUUUUUUGGUGCAAUUGAUUAAUUGAUCAACAGAAAUGUAAGUUCAUAAAAAGUGUAGGGUAAAUUCACACAUUUUGUAUCUUUUUAAUUGUUUGUGUUUCUUAUCUUAUAAGUAUUGUCACUUAUCCAAGAGGUUUCAACAGACUGAGAGUUGUUGAGGUCACAUGAAGUAAUGGCAGCCGUGACAGAAUGAUCCGAUUCAUGUGAAAUAAGCGCUUUGGAUGGAAGGAGUGAAAGAUCAAACCAGCUAGUUUGGUUGCCUUAUAGUGCACCAAGACAAGUGGAACCAGUGACGAUCGGCUGCUGAAGGAGUAAACCCUUCUGCACGUAUAGAGUGCCUGACGGAGUCCAUGAACCUCUUUUUGAUUUCACUCAACUUGAAACACAAAGGGAUGUGCGUUUUAAGGUGGGAACCAAAGCGCUCAUCCGAGAAGGGUAUGAUUGCAGUUUGGGUUUGACCCAGUAGAUUAAAGUCUCACUUUGUUGCUGGGAGUGUAGGAAAGACAGCUGUGUGAGAAACAUCAAUGUGUUUUUGUCUCACAGCUUUAGGCUCACUUAAAUGGACUAAAAAGAGGAUACAUUUGGUGUUUUGUCCUCAUUCCCUCCGUUUGAUGUCUUUCGCACAAAAAAACAACUAACAGUUAAGAAAACAGUAGCCAGACAAGAAUUUCCAUCUUCCCCUGAAUAAUCCUUGAGGAGGGACAUCCUGUGCUGAAGUCUUAAUUUGGUCCAGACAUGUGUUCACUUUGUCAGAAAGACUGCAGAGGAGCUGAUGCGUUGAGCUCCUGAAUAUUUCAGCCACUCAAACUGAACGCCACCCAAGCAGAACUAAGCACCAGAUCCUCUCUCUGAGAAGAGUCAUGCUACAGUAACUUCUAACACGCACAACGUCUGUUUAUUCACAGCAGAUGAAAUGUAAGACAGAAGUCUGGUCGUCUGUUUAGAAACCAGACGGCUAUUUUAAGCAGUUUUCUUUUUUUUAAACUGCAACAUCGGGGAUGCUUCACUUGUCUAAUGACACUAUGACCUCCAUCAGUUUUCUCUGCAGGUGUUUAUUGAUGGGUGAAAAGGCUUUUUGAGUGUAAAUUUCAAGAUAGGCGUAGUUGUAGUUUUACAUUAUUUGGCACAUUAAAGAACAGACUAUUUGUACAUGAAACCCAGAAAAGCCCUUACCUACAACGGUGGAAGAAAAGGAUGCAGGAUUUUUUUUUUCGGUUUCAGGAUGUUGGUGUUGUAGGGAUUUGAUUAGUCAACUGCUCUGCAGAGUGUGUAGGUGUGGGGAGCUGGCUUCAUAAGUUCAAAAUGUAUCAUGAAUUGUUCAUUUUCCUUUUUCCCCAGAGUGAUCCAUAAUCCACAGUUGUGACGGCCAUGAUAAAUGUGUUUGUGUGCCCUGAAGCGAUGGUGUAGAUAGAUGUAUCAGCACCUGCUGUAUAUACAGGUUUCAAAUAUAACCAAAACAACAGCUGUACAAUACAGUGCAAUCCAGUACAGCAGAGUCAAACCAAUCUCUCCGAUUUAUUCUCAAUAAAAAGAAAAUUACACUUUAAAACUACAUUUACAGUUGUAGUCUUGGAUUCUAUUGCACUGUACAGGUGUAGCUAUUGUGUCCACCCCCCUGCAUGUAUGUAAGGUAAGUGAAAGAAAUAGUGCUUCCAUGAAUUGAUAUUUCUACCGCUUUGCUGGACCAUUAUCAUUUGUCAUCAUUGAUGACAUUCUCCAUUUUGUUUUUACUAGGAGUUAUUUCUUCUUAAGCUAACUUAACUAGUGGCACAGUUGGUCCAUUGUUUUGGUUCAGACUCAAAGUUCUCAACACGUAGUGGAUGGUUGACGUUUUGUGCAAACAUUCAUGGUCUCCUGAGGAUGAAACCUACUGACUUUGGGGAUUCCCUGACUUUACCUCUAGUGCAAAUUGGGUUGUUCUUUUUGAUUGAAUAGACUUACAGUUGGCCUCGAUUGAACAUUGUAUUUUGUAAUAAUUACUGAAUGUUAGCAUGCUAAAAUUAUGAACUAGGAUGGUGAAUAUUAUACUUGCUAAACGUCAACAUGUUGGUAUGCUUAUGUUGGCAUUUAUUAUAAAGCACUGCUGUGCCUUAAUACAGCGUCACAAAGCCGCUGCAUGGCAGUAAAUUCAUCUAGUUAAGUCUUCUAAACUCACUUGUGGUUGUCAACACCUCAGAAACGGUAUCAUUGAAAAGAAAUAACUUGGACCAUGCAUGGUAACAUUUAUUCCAGACAUGCAAAAUGUACACCACAGAGAGGAAAACUGGCACAUAUAGUACACUGGAAAAGAAACAGUAUUGUAACAGACCAAAACAAAGGUUUGAACUGUUUUACUGACAGAGCAGAGCUUAUAGGCUAGACAAUUGGCUCUUAAACACCAGUUUCAGCGAUGGAAAAUGUGUGUGUUAGAAACACUAGAGCAGUAAACUAUACUCGUGUCUACAUAAAUUACACACAUGUUGCAGUAUGGGCAACAAUGUAAUGUAACAUGUAUUAGUUUGGUAGUAAACAUGGGGAAUCUUUGGAUUUUGCUGCUUUCAGAUGUCUGGUCAAAGAAUGUGACUUAUGUACACCUAUGAUUCAGAAUAGAAUUGAUAAAAGCACAUUUUACACAAAACGUGCAUUAGUGUUGAUACAUUACAGAUUGCAGUUGUUCACACUUACAUUGAUGAUGUUCAGUUUAGAACUUGGUAGAAUGUGUUAAGCUAUAUAGUCUGAUACAUUACAUCCCUCAUCAGUCAAUAUUAGCUGGUGUUUUUCUUGUUUCACUUGUAUUAGCCCUUAAAAAAACAUUUGAUCACUUUAAACGGACUUUGUCCAAUAUUCCUUAAAAAAAUUGCCCAAGA